AUGGUCCAAGUGACGCCGUACCAGUGCCCGAAAUGCUUCAAAUAUUUUAAAUCCUCGAAAUCGUGGUGCAAUCACCGAGGCACAUGCGGCACGGACAAGAAAUUUGGUUGCGCGUUCUGCGAUUAUCGGUCACACCAAAAGGGGAACGUGCUCCGCCAUCUUGUCACGCAGCAUCGAGAAGCUAGCAAGAAGAAACGUAUCAACUACGUAUUAAGAGUCGACGAUCAUGGGACGAGGGAGAGCAAAGCGUUCGAGGAGAGCACCGAUCUCCCGGUUCAAGCGUGGAAGAUCCAGGAGCAGGGGCUGUUACCGUUCGCCGAGCUCAAGAUACCGAAGGCGUGCAACUACGUGGGGAAGAAGCCGCCGGGACAGUUCGGGUGCAGCAGAUGCGGAAGAUCGUAUAUGAGGAAGGACUCGUUGCAGAGACACGUCCACUGGGAGUGCGGGAAGGAGCCACAGUUUCAAUGCCCAUUCUGCCCCCAACGGUGCAAGCGGAAAGCCCAUUGGCUCCGACACAUCCGCCGCCAACACUUGGACAAAAUCGGGGACAUGGAGGCUUACCUGCUCGCGUACACGCCGAAGCUCGAGAUAGAUUGA